AGAGAGAGAGAGAGAGAGAGAGAUAAUUAAUUAGGUGUUGUGUAUUAAUUAGGUGUUGUGUAGUCAGUGGUAAAGCUCCCAGUUUAAUCAGGCCGGCACAACAAUAUGUAAUGACAAAUAAAAAAUGUUUUUCUUCGAGAUGGAAAAUCCCGUUCAGCAAUCUGCAUUCGGCUUUAUUUUACUUUCGGUUUCAAUUCAGGCAUUCUAGCCCACACACCAAACCGCAAUGGCGUUACUACUUGAAGGACUUCUUACAGAUAUAGGAAAAUUUCUCACAUGUUCAAUAUGCUUUGAAAUUUUCACUGAUCCAGUGACUUUAACUUGUGGGCACAGUUAUUGUAUGACAUGUUUAGAUGAUUAUCUACGUGGACUAGCGAAAUUGAAGAAGGAUUGUCCCCAAUGCAGAGGUAAAAUUAAAGCAGGUUUAAAACUGCAUAAAAAUGUUACACUUUGUAACAUCGUGAAUGUUCAUUACGACCAUAAACGUUUUGUAUCCAACGAAGAAUCUACAAAAGGACAUGAAAUUGAAGUGGACUUCAAAGAGGAUAAAGCUGAAGAAUGUGUGGCCUCACACUCACAAGAUACUGAUAUCAACAGACCAUCUGAGCCUGGAAGUACUAUUCAACAGCAACAGGCGGAGGCCCCUGUUUUUAUAAAUGACACAAGCUCAGAGGUGACAGAUGACAGGUGUCCUGAUGUCCCAGCCUCCCAUGACGGUCGGGUUCAGGAGUUGCCCAUCUCCCCUCCCUCAAAUGACAGACACAGGGCCGAAGCAGGCUUCGCCUCUCCACCCCAUCCCCUGCCUGGGGCCAGCUUCUCCUGGCUCACCUUCAACCCAGCCCUGGGCCACAGGCGCCUGACCAUCCUACCCAAAGAGCACAGAGUGAUGACCAAAAGGGUGUCCUCCGCAUGCCACGAUGACCGGUUUGACAUCAGCCAAUGGAUGGCGGAGCAGGAGUACAGUGAAGGCUACCACUAUUGGGACGUGGAUACGUCGGCGAGUGCGAGCUGGGCGGUCGGGGUUUCCUACCCCAGCAUCGGCCGCAGAGAUCAUCUGGGUCGCACAGCCAACUCCUGGUGCCUGGAGUGGAGCAGGGACAAGUUGUGCUACUGGCACGAUAACAUAGAGGAGUUUAUCAAACAUGGCUGCCCCAGUAUCGUUAGACUGUCUCUGGACGUGACGAAUGGGACCUUGUCGUUUUAUAGCCUGUCUGACAGUCAGACACUGCUGCAUUGUGUGGAGGAGGGAUUCACAGAGCCAGUGAGGCCAGUGUUCUGGCUGUUUGGGCUGAAGCCAAACAAUGCUCUGUCCUUUCCUCCUUGGGCGUCAUAAGGUGAUGUAAGGAUGGGGACAACAUAAAGAGUUGUCUGUUUAUGAAUGAGAUAAAUAAAAUACAAUAUUUAGGAAUGAAUAUAUUUAGCACAAUAUUCCUAUUAGAGGUAAAAAAUAAAAUGACAAUCAC